AACAGUAACCAUAGACAACUGAGAUAAACGAGCCUUCACAUACAAAUUGUUGAAAUAAAUUCACUUUAAAAAAUGUUUACAAUCUUAUAUGUAUUUGAACGUUUCGCAUAUUUAGCAUUGUAUGCUAAUAACAUAGAAAGUUAUUGUAAUUACUGCUCAUAAAUGUGCAAUUCUUGAUGUACAAAUGAUGAAUUGCAGCCUAAAUUCAUGAGGAAGAUUACAGCUAACUGCUGUGACGAUGAGGAGGCUGAACAAAAAGAAAGCCCUGAACUUUGUGAAGGAGUUGGAUGCUUUUCCCAAGGUUCCUGAGAGUUAUGUGGAGACAACAGCCAGUGGAGGAACUGUGUCUGUGUUGGCCUUCACGGCGAUGGCACUCUUGGCCUUCUUUGAGUUCUUUGUGUAUAGGGACACCUGGAUGAAGUACGAGUAUGAAGUGGAUAAAGAUUUUACUAGCAAACUACGAAUUAAUAUUGAUAUUACAGUUGCCAUGAGGUGCCAAUUUGUUGGUGCAGAUGUGUUGGAUCUCGCUGAGACGAUGGUGGCAUCUGACGGCCUGCAGUAUGAACCCGUUGUUUUUGACCUUUCUCCUCAGCAGAGAAUCUGGCACAGAACACUUUUGCUCAUUCAGGACCGUCUGCGUGAGGAACAUUCACUCCAGGAUGUUCUGUUCAAGAAUGUCAUGAAAGGUGCCCCCACUGCUCUCCCACCCAGGGAAGAUGACCCCAAACAGCCUCUAAAUUCCUGCCGGAUUCAUGGACACCUCUAUGUUAAUAAAGUAGCUGGAAAUUUCCACAUCACUGUUGGCAAGGCCAUCCCACACCCUCGAGGUCAUGCUCAUCUAGCGGCCCUGGUCAGCCAUGAGACAUACAACUUCUCCCAUCGGAUAGACCAUCUGUCUUUUGGAGAGGAAAUACCAGGCAUAUUAAAUCCACUAGAUGGCACAGAAAAAGUGUCCGCAGAUCAUAAUCAGAUGUUCCAGUACUUUAUUACCAUUGUGCCCACAAAACUGCAGACGUACAAGUUGUCAGCGGACACACACCAGUAUUCAGUCACUGAACGGGAGCGAGUGAUAAACCACGCAGCGGGGAGUCAUGGGGUUUCUGGGAUCUUUAUGAAGUACGACAUCAGCUCUCUGAUGGUAAAGGUGACAGAGCAGCACAUGCCCCUGUGGCAGUUCCUCGUGCGCCUCUGUGGCAUCAUAGGAGGCAUUUUCUCAACGACAGGCAUGUUACAUGGUCUGGUUGGCUUCUGCGUAGACGUGGUCUGCUGUCGUUUUAAACUAGGCGUUUACAAGCCAAAGACUAUGAGUGUUUUUGAUGGCCACAUGAACAGCCUGACGCCACUUCUUUCUGAGAACACCGAACACUAGCCGGGCUCUUCUACUCACCACAUCAAGAUCAAUUCAGUCACUAUUCAAUCUGAAACACAAGGAUUCAGUUAAUACAUGAUAUUGAGGUUGACUGUCAUUUGUGUUACUGUAAAGAUCCAACUGCACUGACACAAUAAACAUUACACAGGUAUGAAUUCAUGAAUUAGUAGUUUCCCCAGAAAAUUUUGUUUGGUGCGAAAAUCGAUGAAUUUAAAUCAGUGGAUAGCUUUUUUUAAAGUGCAUUUGUUAUAGAAAGAUUCUUGCAUAAAAGCUUGUUAAUGUUAUUGCACUCAUGAAAACAUCUUAUAUUUUUAUUAAAAUGUUUCUAAAUGCAGGUAUUUAAAUUAUAAUUUGAUCGUCGUCUUCGAUUGCAUGAAAUACUCCUUUUAAAAAGUGCAGAUCUGACUAUCAGACAAUUUAGUCUUAGGCGAAGUGGCUUUUAAUACAAUCUUAAAAUAUGAACUGAAGUAGCAUCAGGAACAUUUCAGACACGACCCAUUCACGACAGUAUUAGCAUCUGGCUGGGAUGUUUGUAAUGAUUGUCCCCAGCCAGAGCUGAGAUCUCCACCUCAGGAAGGAUUGAUUAUUUUCUAUUCAUAUGCAUUUUAAGAGAUUGUGUGAAAUAAUUCAUUUAAAGCAUAUUGAACAUUCUUUCUGAUGUACUAAAUCAUUUCCCACAUUAUAUUUGCAUGAUUAAAGAUCACACUGUUGAUGCAGACUCUUGAGCCAAAGCCCUUUCUAGUUCAAUUAGGCUCCCUGCUGUAAUGAUUAAAUCAGAAAAGAAUUUGUAGUCUGGAGACAAAUUACAGUCACGCAUAACAUCCUGUCGGUGUAUUUUGCUUAGUUUAUGAAUUUUAACAUGACAUUCCCCAGGAUUGGGAUGUUUUCUUCCCUAUUAUUCAGCGUGUCUUCUGAGAGUCCAAAUAAAAACACUUUCUUAUGCACCUGCA